GCCUCCGCCCGUAACCGGGCGCCCGUGCGUGGGAGCCGGAGCGGCGGCCGGGCUGGACGGGCCGGGUCUAUCCGGGCGCCCUCGGCCAUGUGGAGCUGCGCGGGGCGCCGCCGUCGCCGGCUGCUGGCGGGCCUUCUGGUGCUGCUGCUGGCCGCCGUCGCCGUCCGCAGGUUCAGCACGACGAACAUAAUUCCCAUGCGGUUCUGGGGCCGGGUGCUGGGCUUGCAGGCAAAGCACUCCCAGUUCCUGCUGGAGGAGAAGCCCUUUCGCAUCCUCGGCGGCUCAGUGCACUAUUUCCGCAUCCCCCGAGAAUAUUGGAAAGACCGCUUGGUCAAGAUGAAGGCCUGUGGCCUGAACACCCUCACAACGUAUGUCCCUUGGAACCUUCAUGAGGCCAUCAGAGGAAGAUUUGACUUCAGCGGAGACUUGGAUCUGCAGGCUUUUCUUAGGAUAGCAGAAGAAGUAGGACUAUGGGUGAUUCUGCGCCCCGGACCGUAUAUCUGCUCCGAGUGGGAUCUUGGUGGUCUACCCAGCUGGUUGCUUCAGGAUCCUGAAAUGCAGCUGAGGACAACCUAUAAGGGUUUUACUGAGGCUGUAGAUUCUUACUUUGACCACCUGAUGCCCCAAGUGGUCCAUCUUCAGUACAAAAAUGGAGGGCCAAUUAUAGCCAUGCAGGUGGAGAACGAAUACGGCUCGUACGCCCAGGACCAAAAUUACAUGGCCUACAUAAAGCAGGCCUUGUUAAGCAGGAAUGUGGUGGAAUUAUUGAUGACCUCGGAUAAUAAAGAUGGCCUGAAUGCUGGCACCGUAGAAGGAGCUUUGGCCACUAUCAACUUUCAGAAGAUGGAGCCGGGACUUCUGUCCUCCCUCAACAAACUGCAGCGCGACAUGCCAACGAUGGUGAUGGAGUACUGGACUGGUUGGUUUGACAGUUGGGGAGGACCUCACAACGUGUUUGACGCGGAUGAGAUGCUGGAGAGGGUUGAAGACGUUCUCCGAUUAGGAGCAUCCAUCAAUCUCUACAUGUUCCACGGAGGGACCAAUUUUGGAUUCAUGAAUGGUGCUCUACAUUCUGACAUCUACAAGGCAACCAUCACCAGCUACGAUUAUGACGCCGUGUUGACUGAGGCUGGAGAUUACACCGCCAAGUACUUUAAACUGCGCAAGCUUCUUUCCAGCAUGAUGGAGACUCCUCUCCCUCCACCUCCGAUAAUUUCAAAUAAAGCAUCUUACGGGGCCAUCCUGAUGCAGCAGUAUAUCUCACUGUGGGAAUUGUUGUCGGGGAUGGAGAUUGUGAAGUCAGAAUACCCCAUCAACAUGGAGAACCUACCAGUCAAUAAUGGCAAUGGACAGGCCUUUGGCUACACCCUUUAUGAGACGGUCAUCCUUGGCGGAGGAACGCUGUAUUCGCGUGACUACAUCCGAGACCGAGCAGAGGUGUUUAUUAAUACCCGAUAUAUUGGUCACCUUGAUUACAACGUACAGGAGCUGUCCAUUCCUAACAGGCAGGGAUAUAGACAGCUGCAAAUCUUAGUAGAGAACUGUGGCCGAGUCAACUACGGGCUUAAUCUGAACAACCAGCGGAAAGGCUUAAUUGGCGACAUCGUUUUCAACAAAACCUCCUUGAGGAACUUCAAGAUUUACAGCCUUGAAAUGAAACCCAGCUUCAUGGAAAGUCUGCGUGGAGCAUCUCCUUGGAGUGCCAUCCCCGACAGCGCAGUGGGCCCUGCGUUCUUCCGAGGAACACUCCAAAUACAGUACAUGCCCCAAGAUACUUUCCUGAAGCUUGAGGGCUGGGAAAAGGGAGUUGUCUUUGUCAAUGGCCAGAACCUGGGUCGCUACUGGAAAAUUGGUCCUCAGGAAACCCUCUACCUCCCGGGAACCUGGCUCCAACAAGGGUACAACGAAAUCAUUAUAUUUGAGGAGCGUCUUGGAGGCCGUAUCAUCCAUUCCACAGAUCUGGCCUUCUUGGGAAGGGUUCAGUAUGUGACCUGAGCUGUUCCUGAUUGUGCCACCCUCUACUGAUAGUAAUGGUUAAGGUUAUGCUUCUUAACUGAUUGUGGGAGGUCAAAGAGUCUCAAGGCAGACCUUUCUCCCUCCCAUUGUGAAAACUGUGCCCCGUAUCCUUAUAUUUUCUAGUUAAGGGUGGAGUUUGGCCAAAGAAGGCCCACCUGGUGAGUUAAUUUAGGAGGUUGACUAAGAGUACUUGAAGACAGAUGCCCAGGUAGCUAGGAAGGUCCUCCUAAAGAACUCAACUUCACUACAAGUUCUUGUGUCCUGUAACACUAGAUGCUAAGGACCUGACAAAGGAACGAAUGUCCGCAAGUCAUGGGAGAUCUGAUGGACUGAAACCGCCAAUCUGCAAUGGUUUGAUCGGGAUCCUCCUUUAGGUUGUGGCUGGAAAAGGAAUGUCUUUGCAUCUCUAGUAGUCCACGUUGGGUUUUUUCUGACAAUUGAAGCUGCCAGUCUUAGCUCCCUGAUCUGGUUGUUGGGCAGACUGUGGAGGAAUGUCAUUUUUACCGCUUUGCAUUCCUUGGGUCGUUUCAACCCAGAUCUUAAAAGGAAGGAACGCCACAUUUGGGCAUAUAAAAUGCCAACCACCAAUGGGGACAUCAUGCAGAGACAGUGGAAACUACAUUUCAGUGACAUGCCAUGGAUUUUGGGGGGAGGGGCUGGAAUUGGGCUUCUUCCAAGCUACAUAGAACGCCUGUAACAUCUGAAGCCCCUUGCCCCACGCCCCUUGCAAUUUUCCCCAGCUGAAUCACAGGUUCUUGAGGUCACCAAUCGCAAAGGGUGAGUGCUGGGCCAGGGGUGGGUGGGAUUGGGAUGUAUCUUUGCACCAAGACAUAGCAUGAACUAAUCUACUGCUGAAUUUUAGGAGCACCCCCUGGAGCCAGGAAGGAGCUCCAACAGAAGCCCCCAUGGGUAGAACCCCACCCCCUUCCCAAGACCAGCCCAAAAGAGUGCUGUUUCAGAAAAUAAACACGUCCCAGUGAAACCAAAAACCUCUACACAAUGCUCCCCAACUAGGUUGAGAUUCUGCGCAGUGUGCUUCGGUCCUUCGCAAAAGGUGCCCCACCCUCAGCAAAUUGGGACUGCAACUCUUGAUAUCCCCAGCCACUUUAUCUUUCUGGACUGGGUCUCGUAAGGGGCAUCGAUCCCAGUCUGAACAGAGGCCUCUGCUUCGAAGAUAAUCCUCAAAUUAUGACCGCUUGCAUUGAGACUCAACUUGGUCACCUCUCUUGCUUCUGAGGGAGGGUCUGGGGGACUGGGGAUUCAGCCUGAAGGCGUACUUGAGUGCAUUGCUGAAUAAUUAGUCAAUUGGAUCUGUUUUAAAAAUAACCUUUUUCAUGUACUUUUUUUUAAAAAAAGAGAAAAGGCAAAUGGAUGCAUUCCUCAGUAGGAUGCCCUCCAGGGCUUUGAGGCACAACCUAUCACCCCAGAAGGCCAGUGGAUGAUGGAUCUUAUAUCCCUAUCCUUGUGGGAAGAACCGGUUGGAAGAAGCCACUGUAAGCCAUAAACACCCAGUCUCUGUGCACCUUGCUGUCUCUUCCUCCUUCCAUCAAUCAAAACCUCAGUUUCCCUGAUGGAGCUAAGCGUUGUGUAGCCGUGGGCACAAUUGGUGUCAGUGUCCUCCUCUAGCCAGCCUGCCAUUGGUUGUGUCUUGCAGGCCCAGACCCACACCCAAAAUAAGUUUGGCACUUACUUUUCCAGCGAUCGUUCAGGCUUAUCGUCAGGAUGCAGUUGAAUUGUGAUCCUGGCCCUCUCCUUUACAGGUUAACCCUCCAGCACAGGUAUGUCCAACCUUGGCCACAUUAAGUGGCUGGUUGGCUGGGGAAUUCUGGGAGUUGAAGUCCACAGGUCUUAAUGU